AUGGGAUUUGGAGGCAAGUCAACAUUUUCCAAAUCAGAGGAAGAGAUCGAACAAUUUUCACAAACAUUACAGAAUGAUCAACAAAUUGUAGACAAGCUUAUUAAUAAACAUGGCCUAACGUCGGAGACACUUAUCGCCUACAAAGUGGGUGUUGCGAGAUAUCAAAACAUUAAUCCGUCAUUGUCAAAUUCCAAGGAUUUUCUCGCGAGAAAAUCAGGUGGGGAGGAACUGUGCAUAACCUUUCCACGAACAUCACCAGAAUUUGACAGGGGACUGAGUGAUGCCCUGAAAUCGAAAAUUGUGCGAGUAAAGGCUUGUUCGGUUAAUGAUGGCGAAUUGGUCGCGUUUGACCCGCCGGCAUUUUGUCCGGGCCUUUUUGGCUAUCACCUGGCUAAAUUAGAGAACGAAACCAUCAUAAUAACGGGAAAUGAAUAUGAUGCGAUGGCAGCUUACCAGGAAACGAGCAUACCGGCUACCUGCCUUCCAAAUCAAGCAAAUCAAUUACCGAUGCAAGUGCUUCCUCUUCUAGAGAGGUUUUCCCGAAUAUACAUUUGGCUUGAUGAUGAUGUAAAUGGUCAAGAUUCGGCCGAAAAGUUUGCGGACAAAUUGGGAAUCGAUCGCUGCCUCAUUGUGAAAACGAGGUGUGGCGGUUUCACCGGACCGAUCAACGCGCAUGAAGCCUUGGAACAGGGAAAGGAUUUGAAAGAAAUCCUUGCACAAGCAAAACCAUUGCAGCACGAACAAAUUCUUGACUUCGAGAGCAUGAAAGAUUCAGUGUUCCGAGAGAUCUCAAAUCCGGAGCAGGUUCGCGGAAUUCUAUCUAAAGAUUUACCGGCACUAAAUAAAGUCAUGAAAGGGCAUCGACUAGGUGAACUGACAGUAUUCACGGGUCCCACUGGUACCGGAAAGACGACCAUUCUCAGUCAACUAUCACUGGAUUAUUGCAAAUCGGGCGUAAGCACUUUGUGGGGGAGCUUUGAAAUACCUAAUGUGCGUUUGGCAAAGAGGAUGUUGACGCAAUAUGCCGAGAAGGAUUUGUCAAGCUGCCCGGAGGAGUUUAGUGAAUGGGCGAUUAAGUUUCAACAGUUACCAAUGUAUUUCCUGAAAUUUUUCGGUAGCACCGAAGUUUCGAACGUGAUUGAUGCCAUGAACCACGCGAUCCAUGCUUUCGACGUGCAACACAUAAUAAUAGAUAAUCUACAAUUCAUGACCUCGGAACAAGGAAGGUUUUUCGAUCGGUUUGAAAUACAGGAACGCGCGAUAUCGGCGUUUCGUAAAUUUGCCACCGAACGAAACGUUCACAUCACCUUGGUGGUACACCCGAGGAAAGACAACAGGGAACUGUUAGACGUGAACUCGAUAUUUGGGUCGGCAAAGGUUACACAGGAAGCGGACAAUGUCAUAAUAAUUCAACGAUUGGAAACCGAAGAGGGCGAAGAAAGGUAUUUGCACAUCAAGAAGAACCGAUACGAUGGUACUUUAGGAGCGAUACCGUACGAAUUUGUUAAGGAAGCAUUAAAAAUUCGACCAAUUAAAACCCGGAAUAAACCUCCGCCUUCUGCUCCGAUAAUUCAAAAGGAUAAUUAUAAUGGGUCACAUCAGAAGGAUGGCUAUGAUCCAGCAGCAACCUAUAAGAGGAACAUCCCAAUGGAACCUCCCGAAAGUGCCCAUCGCGUAAACCUGAUGAUGUGA